UUAUUGACCAGCAAACCCAAGCCCUAAUUGCUUCCCUUUUAGCGGAAAAACUGCCUUUAACUAACCAAAAGUUAGAUUGUCUCCAAGACGAAGAUUACCGGAACUUAUUAACUAGCUAUCAAGAACAAUAUAGCGAAAAUGUUCCGGAAACUAACCAAGUGGCCCACGAAAUUACUUAUGAGUAUUUGCUAGAACGACCUACUAAAAAGCCGGUUAAGCGAACUAAAAAAGCCCCCGUGAAAGUAACUACUAAACCAACCAAAGCCUUAGCCCUCGUUAAAACCAAGCCAACUAAAAAAACUGCCGCCUAUUACCAAUGUAUGUCUAAUUGCUGUCAAAAUAAAAUUAGCCCCAAAAAAAUCAGCCAAGUCGCCCACGAAUGUAAAACUAACGCCCUGGCUCUUAAUAAGCAAAUGUCGGCCGCUAAAUUACAAGCGGUUAAGCAAAUUAAAAAAGGUUACGAGCAAUUAGUGGGCUAUGGAGUUUUUCAUGGUCACCGUUUAAAUAAAGACUGCUUUUUAUGCCCUUAUCGAGGCUUAAUUUUUAUGGGCAGUUCCGUGGUUUUAGGAGGCUUUUUAGCUUAUACGGCCUUAGCUAUGUUCUUUAAUUAUUCGUUAAAGUUAGGUUGA